AUGAAAGUCGUUGUCGAAGAGUACAAUCCCCAAUGGGCUGUUCAAUUUCAGAGCAUCAAGUCUGAGCUAGAAGACAUCCUUAGGGGAGUUCGAUAUAUCAGUAUUGAGCAUGUGGGAAGUACUUCAGUACCGGGAUUGGCCGCGAAACCAAUCAUUGACCUCUCUAUCGUCAGUGAGGCAGCAGAUGUGUCCGCAGCGAUUGAAGCCUUGACAUCAAAGGGAGGUUACACAUAUAUGGGAGAGAUGGGAAUCCCCGAUCGACACGCAUUCAGGAAUCUACCAGCACUUCCGCGUCGGAAUUUAUAUCUUUCUGUCAAAGACUGCCACUCCAUCCGAAACCAUCUCGCGGUACGGGAAGUGUGCCAGCGUGAUCCUAAGGUUAGAGACGCAUACGGCAAAGCAAAGUUGACCCUUGCUGAAAGAGACUGGGAGAAUGUUGACGAGUAUUGUGAGGCCAAGAACGACAUUCUAUCCUGGGUGCUGGAGAAAGCGGGAAUGAGUUGCCAGGACCGUAUGAUAGCGAGGCAACUCAACACGACGCAGUGA